UGCCUCAGCUGAUUCUUCUCUCAUCACCUGGGUCUCAGCUAGUCAACUGACCUGCCUGGAGGGGGAGUCGAAGGGACAUUCCCCAUGUCUGGCACCGAACGUCUGAGCAGGAGAUGCAGGAGGAGGCUGCACAGCAGGUGCAGGCAGGACUUCUCGGCGUAACAAAUUCGAGAGGCUGUGUUGAGGGUGACGAGAGACCUGCCCCGUAGCUGGGAGUGGCAGGCAAGCCAGAAUGCUACCCCUAGAGCUGAAUGGAGUCUGCCCUGAUGAGGGAGACAGCUACGUUGUGCAUCCCAAGAUCUGCGACCUCAAAAUGGUUCCCAACCUCAGACGCAGCAAUAGUGGCUUCUGUAAGAGCAAGAGGAAGGCUCACUUUGCCACUGGCAAUAAUGAAAAGGAGAAUCUCAGCUCAUGGAUUUCUGAAAACAUCAGGAAGAAGGAGUGUGUGUACUUUGUUGAAAGUUCCCAAAUGUCAGAUACUGGGAGGGUCAUGUGUGAGUGUGGUUACCCCAGGGAACAGCACCUGGAAGAGGCUACAAAGCCAUCUGUUUUCCUGGGGAAAGAAUGGGACCCCAAGAGGCACAUCCAAGAAAUGCCGACGGACGCAUUUGGUGAUAUCAGCUUUGUAGGUCUGGGACCAAAGGUGGGAAAGUAUGUGCGCGUCUCGGCGGACACCCCUCCAUGCGUCAUCUACCAGCUGAUGACUCAGCACUGGGGCCUCGACUUGCCCAACCUGCUCAUCUCUGUGACCGGGGGAGCUAAGAAUUUCAACAUGAUGCCGAGGCUGAAGAACAUCUUCCGACGGGGGCUGGUCAAGGUGGCCCAGACAACAGGUGCCUGGAUCAUAACGGGUGGGUCCCACGCCGGUGUGAUGAAGCAGGUGGGAGAAGCUGUGAGAGACUUCAGCAUGAGCAGCAGCUGCAAAGAGGGCAAAAUUGUUACCAUCGGCAUAGCCACCUGGGGGACCGUGUACAACCGAGGCAGCCUCAUCUGCCCCAUGGGCGGCUUCCCGGCUGAAUACGUGCUGGAUGAGGAGAGCCAGGGGAACCUCUCCUGCCUGGACAGCAACCACUCCCACUUCAUCCUGGUGGAUGACGGGACCCAUGGCAGAUACGGUGUGGAGAUCUCCCUGAGGACCAGACUGGAGAAGUUCAUUUCCGAGCAGACUAAGGUGAAAGAAGGAGUCGCCAUCAAGAUCCCAAUCGUCUGCGUAGUGCUGGAAGGGGGACCUGGGACGCUCAAUACAAUCUACAAUGCGAUCACCAAUGGCACCCCAUGCGUGAUAGUGGAGGGGUCCGGGCGUGUAGCUGAUGUCAUUGCACAGGUGGCCAAUCGGCCUCUCCCAGAGAUAACCAUCUCCCUGAUUCAGAAGGAACUGAGCAUCCUCUUCCGGGACACCUAUGAGCUCUUCACCGAGGGCAAGAUCAUGGAGUGGACCAAAAAGAUCCAAGACAUAGUGCGGAGCAGGCAGCUCCUGACCAUCUUCCGGGAGGGCAAAGAUGGCCAGCAAGAUGUGGACGUGGCCAUUCUUCAGGCACUGCUCAAAGCCUCCCGAAACCGCGAUCACUUUGGCCACGAGAACUGGGACCACCAGCUGAAGCUGGCAGUGGCCUGGAACAGGGUGGACAUUGCUCGCAGUGAAAUCUUCACAGAUGACCAUGAAUGGAAGCCUGCAGAUCUGCACCCCGUGAUGGCCGCCGCCCUGAUCGCCAACAAGCCGGACUUCGUGAAGCUGUUCCUGGAGCAGGGCGUGCACCUGAAGGAGUUCGUCACCUGGGACACCCUGAUCUACCUCUACGAGAACAUGGCGCCCUCCAGCCUCUUCCACAGCAAGCUGCAGAAGGUGCUGGUGGAGGAAAAGGAGCGCUCGGCCUUCUCCAAGGUGCCAAAGAUCCAACUGCACCACGUGUCCCAGGUGCUGAGGGAGCUGCUGGGCAACUCCACGCAGCCGCUGUACCCGAAGCCCAAGCAUGCUGAGCGGCACCGGCUCUCCAUCGCCGUCCCACAUAUCAAGCUCAACGUGCAGGGCGUGAGUCUCCGCUCCCUCUACAAGCGCUCAGCUGGCCGGGUCACCUUCACCAUGGACCCGGUCAGGGACCUCCUCAUUUGGGCUAUUGUCCAGAGUCGCAAGGAGCUGGCUGAAAUCAUCUGGGCCCAGAGCCAGGACUGCAUUGCGGGGGCUCUGGCCUGCAGCAAGAUCCUGAAGGAGCUGUCCAAGGAGGAGGACGACACGGACAGCAUGGAGGAAAUGCUGACCCUGGCAGAGGAGUAUGAGCACCGAGCCAUUGGCGUGUUCACAGAGUGUUACCGCAAGGACGAGGAGAGAGCCCAGAAGCUCCUUAUCCGAGUCUCGGAAGCCUGGGGCAAAACCACCUGCUUACAGCUGGCGCUGGAGGCCAAGAACAUGAAUUUUGUGUCCCACGGAGGCAUCCAGGCCUUUCUGACCAAAGUCUGGUGGGGGAAGCUGUGCGUGGACAACGGGCUCUGGAGGGUGAUCCUGUGCAUGGUGUUCUUCCCCCUCAUCUACACCAGCUUCAUCACCUUCAGGGAGAAGAGGCUGCAGCCCAUGAGCUGCCUGAGACGCACCCACGCCUUCUUCACGGCCCCCGUCGUCAUCUUCCACCUGAACAUCCUCUCCUACUUCAGCUUCCUCUGGCUCUUCGCCUACAUCCUGAUGAUCGACUUCCAGGCGACGCCGUCCUGGCGGGAGUACAUCAUCUAUUUUUGGCUCUUUUCCCUGGUGUGCGAGGAGACCCGCCAGCUGUUCUAUGACCCCGAUGGCUUUGGGUUACUGAAAAUGGCUUCCUUGUACUUCAGUGAUUUCUGGAAUAAACUGGAUGUUUGCGCCAUCUUGAUCUUUAUAACAGGGUUGACCUGCCGAUGGAUCCCAUCCACUUUAUAUCCAGGACGGAUCAUAUUGUCUCUGGCUUUUAUUAUUUUCUGCUUGCGGCUGAUGCAUAUUUUCACAGUCAGUAAAACUCUGGGGCCCAAGAUCAUCAUAGUGAAGAGAAUGAUGAAGGACGUCUUCUUCUUCCUCUUCCUCUUGGCUGUCUGGGUUGUGUCCUUUGGCGUAGCCAAGCAAGCUAUCCUGAUCCAUAACGAGGAGCGUGUGGACUGGAUCUUCCGGGGCGUCGUCUACCAUUCCUACCUGACCAUUUUUGGGCAGAUCCCUUCCUACAUCGAUGGGGUGAACUUCAAUCUGGAUCAGUGCAGCCCGAAUGGAACAGACCCCUACAAGCCCAAGUGCCCCGAGAGCAAUAAGGAUAAGCGGCCUGUCUUCCCCGAAUGGCUGACAGUCAUCUUGCUCUGCCUGUAUCUGCUCUUCACAAACAUUCUCCUCCUCAACCUGCUCAUCGCCAUGUUCAACUACACGUUCCAGCAAGUGCAGGAGCACACCGACCAGAUCUGGAAGUUCCAGCGGCACGACCUGAUUGAGGAAUAUCACGGCCGGCCUGCUGCUCCCCCGCCCUUCAUCCUCUUCAACCACCUGCAGCUCUUCAUCAAGAGGGUCCUGCUCCGGCAGCCAGCGAAGCGGCACAAACAACUCAAAGAAAAGCUGGAGAAGAACGAGGAAGUGGCCCUUCUUUCCUGGGAGACGUACCUGAAGGAGAACUACCUGCAGCACCAGCAGAGCCAGGAGAAGCAGAACAUGGAGCAAAAUAUCCGAGACGUCGUGCAGAGGGUGGAUGUGUUGGCGGAGUUGCUGGAUUUGGAUCAGGUGAAGAGGACCGGACUGGUGGAGCAGAGGCUGACUGGUCUGGAAGAGCAGAUGUCCCAGACUGCCAAGACCCUGGCCUGGAUCGUGCGGGCCCUGCGUGGGAAUGGAUUUGGUUCAGAGGAGGACGCACCCACCGUGGUCCCCAGCAAAGCCCCAGAGCUGAAGGAAUACGGCUUGGAGGAGAAGCCCGAGGAGACGAUGGCUCUGUACCAUGUGAGCGCCCGCAACCUCCUCUAUCCCAGCUCCUCCACAGUCCGUUUCCCAGUGCCGGACGAGAAGGUGCCCUGGGAGGUGGAGUUCCAGAUCUAUGACCCUCCCUUCUACGUGGCAGACAGGAAGGAGAUUGCUGCGUGCGAUCCUCUCAGAGACUCCCUGGAGGCUCUUUCGAAGAUAAACUACAAUGCGAUGGAUGGACUGAUCAACCGGCAGAGCUUCCACGGCACGUAUACCAUCCAGAACAGGCUGCCACUGAAUCCUAUGGGCAGGACGGGGUUACGAGGCCGAGGAAGCCUACGCUGCUUUGGACCGAACCAUGCACUGCACCCCAUAGUGACGCGCUGGAGAAGGAAUAUGGAUGGAUCCAUUUAUAGAAAGAGCCUAAAGAAAAUGCUGGAGGUCUUAGUUGUCAAGUCUCCUGUAUCAGAUCACUGGGCUCUGCCAGGGGGGUCACUGGAGCCAGGGGAAUCGCUGCCAUUGAAGCUGAAGAGGGUCCUGAGGAGGGAGUUCUGGCCACAGUUCCAGAACCUGCUGAACCAAGGUGCAGAGGUAUACAAAGGCUACGUCGAUGACCCCAGGAACAUGGACAAUGCCUGGAUCGAGACAGUGGCCAUCAACGUGCACUUUGAAGAUGAGAACGACGUGCAGAUGAAGCAGCUGAACUCGUUUCUCCAGGGCAGCGACCCAGAGGCGUGCGUCCGGUGGCAGCUGGUGGACAAGAGAAUUCCACUGUACGCAAACCACAAGGAACUGCUGCAGAAGGUGACUGCUCUUUUGGGGGCCUAUUACUGAUGUUACGGCCGCCACCUGGGAUGGAUUUUUCCGAAGCUGGGAGAAGUGUCAUGGAGAUCUGCCUGCCUGCUCCCCUUGUCUCCUGUUGCUCUAGACUGGGGCUUUGGGUGUGUACCUUGGCUUAACCCUCCAGGAUCAGUGGGACUGUGGGUAACAUGCCAUGCUGCAUGACUCUCCUUCUCACUCUCUUGUAUCAUUACUUGCGAGUGAAUGCAGCACUCUCGUGAGACACAGAUGGCAGCAGCUUGUGUCAGGCCGUCGUCCUUGCAGGAGUUGCCCCACACAGCUCUGCCAAUGCACUACAAAUUUAGCUGGCAACUUCCCCUGUUGUUGUGGUCUUGGAUUUCUCCUGGGCGGAGCCUGACGCUUUGGCUAAGUUAGCAGUGGGUUUGGGAUGUGCACAUGUGGGACCUGGAAAGAGACUUAACUCAUGGGCCAGUUUUCCCACCCAUAUCUCUAGAGGUGAAAGGCUCCUGAUGUGUGGUGCCACCUAGUACCGGGCCAGGACAUCUGCGUUCAGUUCCUAGCUCUGCCACAGACUCCCUGGGGGAGCUUGGGCCCGUCACUUGGGGAGGGACUCACAAAAGUUCUAAGUCCCAUGGGCAGAGGAGUCCCGCUCUUGUGUAUCAGCACCUCCCCUUGGCUGGCUUAGGCAGUCCCACCUAGCAUGCUGGCUUUGUGGGCACAUUCUCAGGUGCAAGUCUCUCCCCAUGCAUUUUAUAGGGACCCUAGGCACUGAACGCAGCUUUAUGGAUCCCAGUGUGAGCCUGUGAUUUGGUAGGCUCCGCAACGCCCAACGUCACAUCGCCUAAGUCCCUUUGUAACUCUGGGCCCGAGUUUCUUUAGGCCUCAGUUCCCUAUCUGUACCAUGGCUCCUCUGGCUCACCUGUGGAGAUUGUAGGCUCUGCACAGCAGGGGCUGUCUCUCCCUGUGUUAUGUACAGCGCCUGGCACAAUGAGUGCCUCGUCCUUGCUGGGGCCCCCAGUCCCUACUGUCAUGGUGUAAUCUAACACUAAUGGGGACGGGCAGCAGAUCCCAUGGCCUGCCUUCACUCUGCUGCUGACGCACCUGGGCUACCGUACAUCCUCUUUCUAAGGGACAUUGCUCCAUCCACCACACUCGCCCCACUCCUAGGGGCACCUGAGCGUGGAUUUAGGCCAGCACCUCACUCCUAGGCCAGUCCAUAUGGGGUCUUCCCACUGCCCCCUCCCUUUCAUUCCAGGUACCCUCUGUUUUUUUCUUGAUGCCUACUCUGAACCUUGGCUGCUCCUGUGUAUGUCAGCCAUGGUCAUGCUCUCCUGGGGCUUGGAGAACAGCAGGGAUCUUUGUCUAGGCUGGCACUGGUACUGCUUCACGGAAUACAAAGCAGGUGUCUCCCUUCCCCCCCAUCAGCCAGUUGCUAUGUCUCACUCGUAGCCCUGAGCUCAGACAUCCUGGAAGGCACGUGCUUGGAAGACACUCCGGAGCCCAGGGUUUCACAGAGCUCAUGUCACUUCUCUACCUCUGUCAGAGGCACCGUCCUGGAUGUCAGACUUCUCCCUUGCACCUGAUCACACUCACAUCACUCAUCUUGGACCCGGAAGAUGCUGAACGUUGUGGCUCCUCUACAGACUUAUUUGUAAAGUGCUUUGGGAUCUCUUGGCCUGGAAGUGUCUCUAUUGUGUGUAAAAAGAAAAGGAGGACUUGUGGCACCUUAGAGACUAACCAAUUUAUUUGAGCAUAAGCUUUCGUGAGCUACAGCUCACUUCAUCGGAUGUAUUCAGUGGAAAAUACAGUGAGGAGAUUUAUAGACACACAGUGGUUCUGUUGUGUGGUGUGUGGUUGCUGGUGAGUAUUCGCUUCAGGUUGGGGGGCUGUCUGUAGGCAAGGACUGGCCAUGUCUCCCAAGAUUUGAGAGAGCGAUGGGUCGUCCUUCAGGAUAGGUUGUAGAUCCUUGAUGAUGCGUUGGAGAGGUUUUAGUUGGGGGCUGAAGGUGACGGCUAGUGGCGUUCUGUUAUUUUCUUUGUUGGGCCUGUCCUGUAGUAGGUGACUUCUGGGAACUCUUCUGGCUCUGUCAAUCUGUUUCUUCACUUCAGCAGGUGGGUAUUGUAGUUGUAAGAAUGCUUGAUAGAGAUCUUGUAGAUCAUUGUGGAAUUCCUCAAGGGCUUCUUUUCCAUGGGUCUAGAUGAUGAAGAUGUCAUAAAUAUAGCGCAUAUAGACAUCUUCAUCAUCUGGACCCAUGGAAAAGAAGCCCUUGAGGAAUUCCACCAUGAUUUCAACAAUUUCCAUCCCACCAUCAACCUCAGCCUGGGCCAGUUCACAUAAGAGAUCCACUUCCUGGACACUACGGUGCUAAUAAGUGAUGGUCACAUAAACACCACCCUAUACCGGAAACCUACUGACCGCUAUUCCUACCUACAUGCCUCCAGCUUUCACCCAGACCACACCACACGAUCCAUUGUCUACAGCCAAGCUCUACAAUACAACCGCAUUUGCUCCAGCCCCUCAGACAGAGACAAACGCCUACAAAUCAGAUGUCAAGAUUUAUAACAUUCAUAAACCAGUCGGAGAACACUUCAAUCUCUCUGGUCACUCGAUUUCUGACCUAAAAGUGGCAAUUCUUCAACAAAAAGACUUCAAAAACAGACUCCAACGAGAGACUGCUGAAUUGGAAUUAAUUUGCAAAUUGGAUACAGUUAACUUAGGCUUGAAUAGAGACUGGGAGUGGUUGAGUCAUUACACAAAGUAAAACUAUUUCCCCUUGUUUAUUUCCACCGCCCCCCCGCACUGUUCCUCAGAGGUUCUUGUUAACUGCUGGAAAUGGCUCACCUUGAUUAUCACUACAAAAGGUUUUCUCCCUCCCCCCUCUGCUGGUAAUAGCUCAACUUAAGUGAUCACUCUCCUUACAGUGUGCAUGAUAAACACCCAUUUUUUCAUGUUCUGUGUGUCUAUAAAUCUCCUCACUGUAUUUUCCACUGAAUGCAUCCAAUGAAGUGAGCUGUAGCUCACGAAAGCUUAUGCUCAAAUAAAUUGGUUAGUCUCUAAGGUGCCACAAGUACUCCUUUUCUUUUUGCGAAUACAGACUAACACGGCUGCUACUCUGAAACCUGUCUAUUGUCUGUGCGAGCUACUCGGUCUUGUUGUCAUCUCACUGGUUUUGACACAAAAUGUUGACUCCCAAGUGGGGUUAUGGGGCAGCACGUUAUAAAGGAAUUAACCCCAAUCUAGGUUGAGCAUCUACUGCUAUUAUUUAUUUCUUGCUCUGUUCCUUAGGUUGGGGUCCCUGGCACCCCUGUUAAAGCCCAGCAUCCUCAUAUUUGGCCCUGAACAUGCUGGGAACUGCAUUGUAUCUGAGCUUAUUCCUUGAACCAGCUCUAGUCGCCUUCCUUAGAUGCUAGCAUGCCAGCAGCCAGGGCAGAAAGCAUCCAUCAGUCAGGGCCUAAAUUGUGCCCCCAGCCGUUGACAUCCCCCCGCAGGGCCGGAGCAGUCAAACGUGGCUGGCGAGUGGUUCUAGAGGACAGGGGGGGGUUGACUCGGGAAAGCCAGGGUAUGGAGACAAGGUGGGUGAGGGUGCAUAUUUGGGUUUGAAUUUGAAAUAGCUGCCAUUAAAGUGUCUGCGUCGUAAAUAGGCACACGUAUGGACCAGGCAUUUUGAGGGCAGUAGCACCAUGGGAGAUAGCCUGCAGUCCCAUUAUUCUUCCUUUGGAUUCCUGUGCAGCCCCCAAACAUCCACUUCGAGAUUUCCAUUCCUUAUGAAGUCGCUGGACACUGAUCUUUGAUUUCCCACCCUGCCACAAUUCAUCGCUAGAAAUGAAUGAUGGGGUCACAUCCUUUCGCCAGCCAGUCACAUGUAACUCCCAGGCUAGCCGACCAGGAUCUCCAGAUCAAAACUAGUUCAAAACAGGCUGAGAAAGCGUUUGCAUAUAAACCUGCUUAGCAAGAACAUCUGUCAAGCCCUCUCAGCCCAUUAGCUAGCAGUGGAUCAGGAAGAGGUCCGGAGUGUAGCACUUUGGCCUCGGUUCACAAAGGGAUUUAGGCAUCUAAGUUGCAUGUGGGGCUGAAUCCGUUAGGUGCGCCCUGAGCAUGCUUACUGGAUCGGGCUCCAUAUGUGAGCUCACACAAAACAGCUGAGGGAGGAGGACGGGGAGGAGGAGCUCCCUCCUAUGUUUUAGUCCAGUGAUUUGGGGACUCAUCUGGGAGACCGCCAUACGUGUCCACCCUCCACCCAAUGAAAAAAAGGGAUGUGAACAGGGAUCUAGUGGAGUGCUCUAACCACUGGACUAUUCUGCAGUGGCCUUCUUCCCUCAGUCUCUCCAGUUGAAGCUGUUGAAUUGUGGAUAAAUAAUUAGUGUCACUGGAGCAGGAGGACUGGCACCUGGGAGUCCCAGCUCCUGGAUAAGUGCUCUAACCAGCAGGCUGUACAGUCAUUCUCAUGCUCUCUUUCCUUACAUCUCCGCCGUAGGACAGCUUUAACCAGAGAGGCUGAGGGAACCCCACAGCCCAGCACCUGUGAGGUGACAGAUCGCUGUUCAGAACCCUCCUCCUCCUCUGGCAUAGGGGAAACAUGACACAAGGGCCCUCCCCAUCCCCGAUGAGUGCUGUAACAAUCAGUGGCCCAGCGCCUAAGGCCCUUUGUGCAGCUAGACCUUGAUGACCGUAGCUGGUCUUGAUGGGAUUUUUUGCUGUCAUUUAGUCAGUCUUUGCUCAAUCAAACUAUUCCUUCCACAACGAUAUACGGAGCAGUGUAUGCAGAACAACAGCAUCUCGCCUGCAAUGAUGCACCAAAGUAGGCUUCAGCGUUUGCAUAAGGGGACAGAAUGAUGUUUUAUUUAAUGCUUCUCUUAACUCAAUAAAUCUAACAAUUAAGAUCAA